CUGAAAGCAGGGGAGGCAAGGACUGGUUUGUAGAAGGGGGUGUGGGAACGGCAGUGCUUUGAAUUCGUCAAGGAUACAGCGAAAGGACGACGAGUCAUGUCUGACCCAGAGAGAUGGGAAAGCUCGAGGAUAACGAGAGGGUGAUCCUCAACGUGGGGGGCACCCGGCACGAGACCUACCGGAGCACGCUGAAGACCCUGCCGGGGACCCGGCUGGCUCUGCUCGCCCGCGAGUCCCAGAGCGAGUCCUCUGGCGCGGAAGAGCAGCCGCCUCCGCCGCCGGCUCCCCCGCCGCCGCCGCCUCCCCCCAACGUGCCCCCGCAGGUGCCGGGCGGCUGCCCGGAGGCCAGCAGCGGCGACAGCCCCCGGAACUGCGGCGGCCCCAGCGAGUUCUUCUUCGACCGGCACCCGGGGGUCUUCGCCUAUGUGCUCAACUACUACCGCACCGGCAAGCUGCACUGCCCGGCCGACGUGUGCGGGCCGCUCUUCGAGGAGGAGCUCGCCUUCUGGGGCAUCGACGAGACCGACGUGGAGCCCUGCUGCUGGAUGACCUACCGCCAGCACCGCGACGCCGAGGAGGCGCUCGACAUCUUCGAGACCCCCGACCUCAUCAACGGCGAGCCGCCGCUCGACGGCGACGACGACGACCUGGCCGCCAAGAGGCUGGGCAUCGAGGACGUGGGGGCGGCGGCCGGGCCCCCCGACGGCGUGGGCGGGCGCUGGAGACGGCUGCAGCCCCGGGUGUGGGCGCUCUUCGAGGACCCCUACUCCUCCCGGGCCGCCAGGUUCAUUGCUUUUGCCUCUUUAUUCUUCAUCCUAGUUUCAAUCACAACCUUUUGUUUGGAAACCCAUGAGGCUUUCAAUACUAUUAUAAACAAAACUGAGCAUGCCAUCAAUGGCACAGAGGUGGUUCUACAGUAUGAAAUUGAAACAGAUCCUGCUCUGACAUAUGUGGAAGGAGUCUGUGUAGUGUGGUUUACAUUUGAAUUUUUAGUCCGUGUUGUUUUUUCACCCGAUAAACUUGAAUUCAUCAAAAAUCUCUUGAAUAUCAUUGACUUUGUGGCCAUUCUGCCCUUUUACCUAGAGGUGGGCUUAAGUGGCCUCUCCUCCAAAGCUGCUAAGGAUGUGCUUGGCUUCCUCAGGGUGGUGAGAUUUGUCAGAAUCCUGCGAAUCUUCAAACUCACCCGGCACUUUGUAGGCCUCAGAGUGCUGGGUCACACACUCCGAGCUAGCACCAAUGAGUUUUUGCUGCUGAUAAUAUUCCUGGCACUAGGUGUGUUGAUAUUUGCCACCAUGAUCUACUAUGCUGAACGAGUAGGGGCCAAGCCCAAUGACCCAUCUGCUAGUGAGCAUACACAGUUCAAAAAUAUCCCCAUUGGCUUCUGGUGGGCUGUGGUCACCAUGACGACCCUUGGGUAUGGGGACAUGUGCCCUCGGACUUGGUCAGGCAUGUUAGUGGGUGCUUUGUGUGCUCUCGCUGGGGUGCUGACCAUAGCCAUGCCCGUGCCUGUCAUUGUCAACAAUUUUGGAAUGUACUAUUCCCUGGCAAUGGCGAAGCAGAAACUUCCAAGAAAGAGGAAGAAGCACAUCCCUCCUGCUCCUCAGGUGAGCUCCCCUACCUUUUGCAAGACAGACUUGAAUAUGGCCUGCAACAGCACACAGGGAGAUGUCUGCCUGGGCAAAGACAACCGGCUGAUGGAACACAACAGAUCAGGUCCUGCUAAAGGCAUUCCAGAAGAGAUGAGGCUCUGUGUGACAGCGCAAAGAGAUAGUUCUAUGUUAUCAGGUGAAGACAGUGCAGGAAGUGAGCAGCCACUCUCACCUGGGGAAAGGCACCCACCAAUCAGACGCUCUAGUACCAGAGACAAAAACAGAAGAGGGGGAACAUGUUUCCUACUGACAACAGGUGAUUACACGUGUGCUACUGAUGGAGGGAUCAGGAAAGGAUACGAAAAAUCCCGAAGUUUAAACAACAUAGCUGGCUUGGCAGGCAAUGCUCUGAGACUGUCUCCAGUAACAUCACCCUACAGCUCACCUUGUCCUCUAAGACGCUCUCGAUCUCCCAUCCCAUCUAUCUUGUAAACCAGAUGGCAUCAAUCGGCUACAUAGCAUUAAUUCAAAUACUGUUUACCACAUUAUGGAAAUAAAUGUAGCAUUAAAUGUAGGUUCCAUAAAUACAAUAUAAAUUCUGCAUGAUAUAAAUGUCAGUAGUAAGAAAUGCCACUUGGAUAGCUGAAGAUUCCUAUCUUGGCUUUUAAGAUUGUCUAAAGUAGUGCUUCUCCUUUUAUCGACUAUAUUGUCCUACUUUACCAUGGCAAUAAAAGGACAGCUAGUCGACUCCAUUGGCCAGUAUAGUCAAUAAAUAAGUGUAUUUUCAGGGAGAUAUAUUUAAAACAAUGUGCUUCCAAAUGAUAAUCAAUCACUCCAUUGGACCUUCAUUACUUGUGACUCUAGCCCAUUCUGAAGAUGUCUGGAAUCUUGUCUUUGUCGCACACAAUGUGAUUUGGGUCUGAUCAUUUGCAUGGACCAUACUGUCUCCAUCACCUGACAGAAGUGUUACAGAUUCCCGGGACCAUAGAUGGCUCUGGAUGUGUGUCCUUGCAUUGUACCAUCCUGCUGAAAUGAAAGCACUGAUGAAAUGGUCUGUAUGUGGAAUUGUUUUUUGUUGUUUAACCUUUUACAUUUCUUUAAAUUAUUUGUUUUUAAAUGGUUUGAUUUCUUGAUUAACUUUGGUACUAGACUGCUGUAUCAGAGUUCUGAAUGUCUCCGGUUGUUUGCACACAGAUAACUGCAAAGAGGUUGUCAUUACUGGUUAUACGCAAGCUGAGGCCAGAUCUCUUUCUUAAUGGCAUGGGGAAGGCACAAAACAUGAAAGAAAGGUAAACACCAUCCAGGCUUGCAAUUUUAAGCUAGCAAGUGCUGCUUGGUACUGUAGUCAUUUUUCUACUCUAGGGUUCUUCAACAUUUUCAGAGGCAGAGAGCCAUGUAAAAGCAAGAAGAUUAUUGCUUUUAUCUGUAUAAAUAUAGGAGGAUGGUAGUUCUCAAAAGGGGUUUGACCAGUCUUAAAUAUGAUUCAUGAGCUUCAUAAAUUUCUUCUGUCAGUGUUUUUUUUUGAGGUGCUUUGUUCUAUAUAUUUUUUCGUCUGUCUGUUUUGCUACGUGUUUGUUGUAUUCUUCAUCUGUCUCCAUAAAGCACAGAAGUACCUUUAAAAUGUCCCCAUCUUUUAAGAUUAACUGUUGAGUACGUUUUCUCCUUUUCCCCCUUUUUGGUACAGACUAUACAUUUCAAGUGUAAUUAAUAUCCUUUAGCCUACCAAAUGUGGGAACUUUGAAGAUCUUUGAAAUGUGGGAUUUAGCAUUGAUUUUGCCAUUCUAACUGGUUGUCUACUGCAGCCGCAUCUAUCCUGCUACCUAGCAACCAACAUUCAUUACUGUAUUCAAACUGUAUCCCCUCCAGUGGCUUUUUUUUUUUCAAUUUAAAAAGCAAGAACCUGUUUACACAACAGUACAAAUGCAAUAGUAGAUUUGAUAUUUUGGGCUGGUGAGGGAAAAAGAACACCCAACAACAUAGUCUUAGGGAAGAAAAAAAAAAGCUAAACUAAAUCUUAAGAGAUCCUUGAGAUUGUUGAAUAAUCCUUGACUGUCAUAUGUUUAUAUAUUUUGUUAGGAAGAGAAAUAACUUAUUGUUGACCAUGUAAUAUAUUCUUCUGUAUAUAGCCUAGCUCUAUAGCAUGACCUGCAUGUCAGACUUCUUGUACUAUAAUAUAUUUAUCAAAGUAUACAUUUCUGAUAUUUAGAGAUGUACAAUGAUUUAGUUUUGGUAAAACAUUGCCAAUAGAGAGAGAUAAUUGCAAACAGCUUUUUAGCAAAGGAAUUAAUAUAAUAUCUGGUGCUGCUGUUAUAUUGACUACAGUGUUGUACAGAAUUUAUCAUGGAUUUUUGACUGCUGAAAAAGGGACAAUGGAAUUUAGCCAUACCAAGGACUGUACUGGAAAGAGACU